GCUCAGUGUAGGUCGCAGCUGCUGCCAGGAUUACGAACAUCUCCAGGUUUUGUUCACUCUGCUACUUCAACUUUCAUGACGGCUCCUCAGAUCUGAUCACCUAAGAAGAUGGGUCAGACACCCUCAGGUCCCGUGAUAAUCUCCCAGCUGGAGAAGGUGGACAUCGUUUGUGAAAUAUUCAGCCAGGGUGUGGUGCACGCGUCUAACAAGCUAAGGGACUACCUUGGAUUUGAGGACCCUUAUGGCAAUCUUCGUCCUAGCACUGACACUUUGACUGAGAUUUUCUUGGUAAACUUCAUUAACUUCUGCGUUGAGAAGGGCGUUGAAGAACGAAUUGCGACCAGCAAGAUGACCAAGCAGCAGGCCGUUUUGUUUGGCGUGGACUGGAUAUGGACACUAUUGGGUCCUGACAAGUCAGUGAGGCUUCAGAUUGCCGUCCAGGCCUUACAGAUGUCUGACUUCGAUGGAGACAGUAGAGGUGACCCUGAAGUAUUUCACUAUGGGGCCUUCAAGGAAAUACAACUGACAGAUGCCUUCUACAAGAACAAGAGCCUCUAUGAGAAGCUUGAAGAGUUCUGCCGCCUGGUGGGCUCGGAUUGCCUGGGAAUGUUCAUGGUGUUUGGUAUUCCAGGAAAACCCAAGGAUAUUCGAGGAAUCUUAUUGGACAGCGUAAAUAAGGAAAACAAGAAACAUGCCUUGCCUGGAGAACAAGCUCUGCAGCAAUUCAUUCUGAACACGGACACCUUCCUGCCCACCCGGGACAUGCUGGACACAUGUAUGGCUAAGAGGAACGGGCAGAGGAACAUCGGAAAAGUCUAUAUCAACUUCUUAUAAAAAAAAAAGGGCAAAGUUAGCUGACAACUAACAUGGCUGCCAUUACACUUAACAGGUUUUCACUCAACUUUCCCAAACUCUUGAAUGCAAUAUCUAUCUAAGCUAUCCUGGGGUAUGGGAGGAGGGGGAAAAAAUGGUGUAUUAAAAGGAAUCUCCACAGUGUGGAGAGCUUCCUGGUAAUAGUAGGGCAACCUAAGGGGUUUUCCAGUUUUAAUAAGCUCUGUGUUUGUCCUCCUCAUGGUGAAGAUCUUUGCUUGCUGUCAGUGAAUGGGAACAUUCUUGUUUACAUCAAAAGGCUGAAAGCCUGCCCUGGCCUUAUAAUUCUCACAAUUUAGGGUUUUUACAGUUGUAUCCAGGCUGAUGAGUUUGCCUCACAGAGGAUUGUCUACACUGGAUAGAACUGUAGAAAACCCUCUACCCUGUCUAGGACACUAUUUGGCACAACCAGGCUGUAUAGGCAAUGUUUGGCUCUACUCAGGCAAAGCAUGGCACUCCCUGGCCACUAUAUGGUCCUGUUUAGGCACUGUUUGUGUCUAUAUGACCACAUUCAGGCGCACUAUGUGGCUGAGCACCAGAUUACACUCUCUAACUGCAGCAAGGACCUAACAAGCCCAUAAUCUAUCCACAUGAGAAAGAGAGGUGGGGGAAUAAUAUUUGAUUAAGGCCCCACUGUUAAUGCCCCCCACUCACCAUAACUUAUUCUGUAAAGUGAAAAAAAUAUUCAUUGCCCAUGUACAGUGUGUGACUCCUGCGCUGUACACACCCGGAUACUGUUAUAGUAAAUGUGACAAAGCUUCAGAUUACAGGGCGAGCCUCACACCCUUUCAUUGCUGGCUGCAGUAUAAUUUCCUGGUUGUGGUUAUUAUCCCAUUGGCCUCAAUGAGGGCAAAAAAUAAGGCAUAAGAGGACAGCAUUAAGCCUCCUUCACGACCGUAUCAGUUUUUGUGGUCAGCAAAUCGCAGAUCCACAAAAUACAGAUACCGGCCUUUUGCAGAUCAGUACGUUCUUCCCUUUUGUUAGAAAUGCCUAU